AUGAUUCUUAGCGCACAACCCAAAGCAAAGCCCAGGGGGCACGCUACAGUUCAACCACUCCCAUACCCCCAGGGCAAACAGCAAACACCCAACAACUGCUCCUCCGCUGACAAGCAGCAGCUCUGCACAUCCCAGAGGCCCAGCAGCAACAACAAGGACAAGAAUUGGACGAGUUCAGGAGCAGAAAGGACUCGAAGCAUAAGUCGAGAGUGCUCUCCCUCAAGGACUCGAAGCAGGAGUCGAGAGUGCUCUCCCUCAAGGACUCGAAGCAGGAGUCGAGAGUGCUCUCCCUCCCUCGCUGACUCAAAGCAGGAGUCGAGAGUGCUCUCCCUCAAGGACUCAAAGCAGGAGUCGAGAGUGCUCUCCCUCAAGGACUCGAAGCAGGAGUCGAGAGUGCUCUCCCUCAAGGACUCGAAGCAGGAGUCGAGAGUGCUCUCCCUCAAGGACUCGAAGCAGGAGUCAAGAGUGCUCUCCCUCAAGGACUCGAAGCAGGAGUCGAGAGUGCUCUCCCUCAAGGACUCGAAGCAGGAGUCGAGAGUGCUCUCCCUCAAGGACUCAAAGCAGGAGUCGAGAGUGCUCUCCCUCAAGGACUCAAAGAGUCGAGAGUGCUCUCCCUCAAGGACUCGAAGCAGGAGUCGAGAGUGCUCUCCCUCAAGGACUCGAAGCAGGAGUCGAGAGUGCUCUCCCUCAAGGACUCGAAGCAGGAGUCGAGAGUGCUCUCCCUCAAGGGACUCGAAGCAGGAGUCGAGAGUGCUCUCCCUCAAGGACCCGAAGCAGGAGUCGAGAGUGCUCUCCCUCAAGGACUCGAAGCAGGAGUCGAGAGUGCUCUCCCUCAAGGACUCGAAGCAGGAGUCGAGAGUGCUCUCCCUCAAGGACUCGAAGCAGGAGUCGAGAGUGCUCUCCCUCAAGGACUCGAAGCAGGAGUCGAGAGUGCUCUCCCUCAAGGACUCGAAGCAGGAGUCGAGAGACUCAAAGCAGGAGUCGAGAGUGCUCUCCCUCAAGGACUCGAAGCAGGAGUCGAGAGUGCUCUCCCUCAAGGACUCGAAACUGCUCUCCCUCAAGGACUCGAAGCAGGAGUCGAGACUGUUCUCCCUCAAGGACUCAAAGCAGGAGUCGAGAGUGCUCUCCCUCAAGGACUCGAAGCAGGAGUCGAGAGUGCUCUCCCUCAAGGACUCGAAACUGCUCUCCCUCAAGGACUCGAAGCAGGAGUCGAGACUGUUCUCCCUCAAGGACUCAAAGCAGGAGUCGAGAGUGCUCUCCCUCAAGGACUCGAAGCAGGAGUCGAGAGUGCUCUCCCUCAAGGACUCGAAGCAGGAGUCGAGACUGUUCUCCCUCAAGGACUCAAAGCAGGAGUCGAGAGUGCUCUCCCUCAAGGACUCGAAGCAGGAGUCGAGAGUGCUCUCCCUCAAGGACUCGAAGCAGGAGUCAAGACUGCUCUCCCUCAAGGACUCGAAGCAGGAGUCGAGACUGUUCUCCCUCAAGGACUCGAAGCAGGAGUCGAGACUGCUCUCCCUCAAGGACUCGAAGCAGGAGUCGAGACUGUUCUCCCUCAAGGACUCGAAGCAGGAGUCGAGAGUGCUCUCCUUCCCUCGAUGA